AUGUUUAUCAACAACUACGCGGGCGACAGGAGAGUAUCGAUACCGCUGGACAACGCGCGCCGGUGGGGACUGGUCGAAGAUCAACGCGUGCAAAUUGCGCAAGCGACAACAUCAGACGAACAGCGGUUCUGCUUGAGGUUCAUUUUCAAUGCAGAGAAAGUGGCGCCGAAACACGACCCAACUAGGAAUAGACGGUUCAUACAGGCUCUCAUUAACGAUACUGCAUUCCAUGUCAAACACCUCCAGACGGUGGAGGGGCUGUUGGUCCCAAGGAACUACGGGAUGUGGAAGAUGCACACGGGCAACUGGGCGGGUACUGUGCUUUUCAGUCUUACUCAAUGGUGCGGAACGCCAUGGCAAUCGUUAGUGGGAACUAGGCUAGAUACUCGGGCGAAUAGGCUCCUCAUUGCGCGUACGUGUGAGGCGCUGCACGACUUGGGCGUGAAGAUCAAUGGUGUCAUGGGCAACGCCGUAGACUUGUGCCACAUUAUCCUCGACCUCGAUGACCCAAACUUGACUGAGGAGAUGGCAGAAGCAGGCCAAGCGCGCUGUUAUGUCGUGGAUUUCUCUCGGGCAACGCAGCACAAAUGUAAACGCUCUCUACCACUUGUCCCCCUUGGCAACGGCGCAUUCAAGCUUCUUAUGCAGACACUUGAAUUAAACUUUGGUUGCCGUGAGCUCAAGAACCUGGCCUAUCUGCUCGAGCUCAUGCCCAUCGCUGGCCUGCAAUAUGCAUUUGAGCCGCCAGAAACGCCUAUCAAAGAGGCGAUAAAGUGGCAUGACGACUACUUUGCUGCCCAUCCUUCAUACUCCAACGCGGCCGUCCUUGUUGCUCAACGUGUCACCCUUUUUCCCAACGCCCUCCCUGUCUAUCCCAGUCUCGAAGUCUCGGGUGUCUCGAAAGAGAACGUUCACGAAGAGAUCACAUUAUUCGAUCGUGGACGAGGAUUCAUUCAUCCUGCCGACCUGAUCAAGCAUUGCUCGCGCGAUGAAUAUGAGUAUCUUUUGUGGGGUGACAAGAUGGAAGCGAAGCCUGUGGCGUUGAAUAGUGAAUACCCUCGACAAAGGUUGUCGGAAUCGUCUGACGGGAUCAUAAGUGACCCGGAUUACUAA